AGCUCUAUCCUUUCCUUCCUCCAGCGGAGAAAAAUGAAGCGGAGUGGUGUCUUGGUGGCUAAAGGUUGAAACAAAAUAAAAUAAAAUUCCAAGCCCCUCCAAAAGCACCGCAACUCAACACAAAAAUAGAAGGAAAUCGCCAUUAUGGCAGAGGAAGCGGUUUUAGGUUACUUAGAGAAUCACGAAGAAAUCUCCGAUUCUGGCCAGUUCGCUACUGAUAAUGGACUCGAUCACAACGACGUUGUUAAUGUCAUCAAAAGCCUCCACGGUUUCCGCUACAUUGAGGCCCAGGAUAUUAAGAGAGAAACAUUGGUGCUCACUGAAGAGGGUAGAAAAUAUGCUGAAAAAGGAUCACCUGAAGUUCAACUCUUCUUGGCUGUACCAGAGGAGGGUAGCAUUUCGAAAGAAGAGUUGCAGAAACUGCUAGAUCCUGCAGUCUUCAAAAUAGGGUGUUCUCAGGCUGCAAAGAAUAAAUGGGUGCAAAUGGGAAAUCAAAUAUCUAGGAAGGUUCAACAUGUUGAAGACAGAGUGAAGGAUCUUCUUUUACGGAUACAAGAUGGGCAGGAACUUGGCAAAGAUGAUAACAACUCUCUCAAAGCAAGAAAGCUUACUGCUCUGCAAACCUGGAAGGGCUACUCAGUUAAAAGAGGUCCUGAUUAUGCUCCAACAAGAAGGAGAACUGCAACUGAUUUGACUCGAGAACAUCUGCUGGGGGGUGAUUGGAGGAACAUAGAGUUCAAAGAGUACAACUUCAGUGCCAAAGGUCCACCACCUGAAAGUGGCCAUCUUCAUCCGCUCAACAAGGUGAAAGAACGAUUCAAAAACAUCUUCCGUCUAAUGAACUUUGAGGAAAUGCCAACAAAUAAAUAUGUUGAGAGCAGCUUCUGGAAUUUUGAUGCCCUGUCCCAGCCACAACAACAUCCUGCCCGCGAUUCACAUGAUACCUUCUUUCUUAAAGCUCCUGAAACAACAAAGCAACUGCCUGAAGAUUAUGUUGAGUUGGUGAAGCGUGUUCAUGAGUCUGGUGGCUAUGGGUCAAGGGGAUAUGGAUAUGAGUGGAAAAAAGAGGAAGCAAACAAAAAUCUUUUGCGAACUCAUACAACUGCAAUUUCUUCUCGGAUGCUUUAUGCACUAGCACAGCAUGCAAAACAGCAGUCGUUUACCCCCAAAAAGUACUUCUCCAUAGAUCGAGUUUUCAGAAAUGAAGCAGUUGAUCGAACUCAUUUAGCAGAAUUCCACCAGAUAGAAGGUUUGGUAUGUGAUCGAGGGCUUACACUAGGUCACUUGAUUGGAGUGCUGCAGGACUUCUUUUCACGUUUAGGCAUGGACAAGCUGAAAUUCAAGCCUGCUUACAAUCCAUACACCGAGCCUAGCAUGGAGAUUUUCAGGUAUAAAAUCAUGAAUUCCUCUUACAGGUGCACUGCUUGUAAAGUAAUUGGAAAUUUGAUACGUCCUAUACAUGCCAGUUAUCACGAAGGCCUCAAGAAAUGGGUGGAGAUUGGAAAUUCUGGCAUGUUCAGGCCUGAAAUGUUGCGUCCUAUGGGAUUCUCGGAAGAUGUCAAUGUUAUUGCCUGGGGCCUUUCGCUUGAAAGACCAACCAUGAUAUUAUAUGGGAUCAAUAAUAUCAGAGAUCUUUUUGGACACAAGGUGGAUCUUGGGCUCAUCAAGAAAAACCCUCUAUGCCUUAUUGGAAUUAGGUAGAUUGUGAAAUGGUUCUGCUCUUUCUUCUGUUCCAUCUCUAGUUUUUGAGAAACAGGUUUGGUUGAGUCUAUGCCUGGGGAAACCAGAUUUAUACUGCAGCAACUGAAUUCAUCAAAUUGGGGACAGCUAGAUUAGAUAUUCUCUAGGCCUCGAGUUUUCAUUGAUGACUGCUCAGUCUGUAGUCUUCAAUUGUUUUGUACUUUAUUAGCAGUAGCUACCGGCCAGUGUGCUUGUUCUAUGCCGCAUAACAGUUUUCAAAAUUUUAUUUUA